AUGGCAGGCUCUUUGUUGCCGAAGAUGCUACGUCAAGCAUCGGCGUGGUACUACGGCUGGACGCCCAUGAUCAUGCUCAUCUGCUACAGCAUGCUCUCCUUCUUUUUCUACUUGCUCAUUCCUGCCGGCUUGCAUCGAGCGAUUUGGUACUCCUUGGUCGCGUUGCAGACGUUCACUGCCCUGUCCGUGUCAACCGAAGCCAUGCAGAGCAUCCGGCCCUCGAUCAAUGCGCGAAAGGCAUGGCGACACGCCAAGGUGCACGGCUUCAAGCUCGACGAGGGCCAAGAAUGGCCAUUCAUCGACGUGGUGCUCGUGGCAUACCUUCCCAACGAGCAGGAGAUCAUCAUGCGUCAGGUCAAGUACGCACUUCGCGAGCUCAAUUACCCUAAACACCGCAUGACGAUCAAUGUCUGCUACAACACUCCGUAUCCCAUCGAACCCGUCGAGACCGAGCUUCGCGACCUUGCCAAGGAACGUUCCAACUUGCGUAUCAUCAAGGUGCCCAAGUCCACCUCCAAGGCGGACAACAUCAAUCACUUCCUUACUCUCGAAGGCAAGGGCGAGAUCAUCACGCUCUACGACACGGACCACUACCCCGAGCCCGAUGCGCUGCGAUGGGUCGCCAAGCGCUUCAUGCAGGGAGGUGUCGAUAUCAUCCAGGGACGCUGCUGCAUCUACAACUACUCGGAAACCUUCAUGACCAAGCUAAUCGCCUCGGAGUUCGAUCUGAUCUACGGUGUAAUGCACUCUGGUCGUGCCGAAAUCCAAGGGUACGGUUUCUUCGGUGGCUCCAACGGACACUGGAACGCAUCGCUGCUUCGCACGCUCGGAAUGCAAAAGCACAUGUUGACCGAAGACAUCGACUCGUCGAUGCGCGCUAUCAUCUCUGGUGCUCGUAUCGAGUAUGACCUCAAGGUGCUUUCGUAUGAACUGGCUCCCGAGACUCUACCCGCCCUGGUCAAGCAACGUCUUCGUUGGGCGCAGGGAUGGACGCAGGUCGCCUUCCGUCACGCCAUGCCUUCAAUCCGUCGUGGUGCCUACUCGGACAACAACGGCUGGCGCUCGCGUGUCGGUUUGUUCCAGCUGCUGCUCUACCGCGAGUUCUACUUCUACAUCAACUCGCAGCUGGUGUUCAUGCUUGCUUCGGGUAUCUGCUACAACAUCCCUACGCAGGGAUUGACUCGCUACUUCGAGGACUUCGGCGGUUACGCUCUGUCGAUGUUCGCGUUGGCGGUCAACCUGAUCUGCUUGGGCUUGACGGUUUGCAUUCAGGCGAGGAACCGUUCGCACUUCACUGGCAUGGGUGGUAUUAUCCUAUUCGCGCUGUGCACACCGAUUUGGUACUCGGUGACGUCGCUGAUGGCCAUCUUCUGUCACUUCCGAGAGUUUAUCAAGUUCGAAAAGUGGAACCCUACCGCUCGUACUUCGAAGAACACUUCGACGGCCAACUCGCUAGCGACGUCGCAGGCUCAGUCGGAAGCCGUCUCCAAGCGAAACAGCGCUGCUUGA